GCCCUUGAUUGAAAAGACUCAAUAUGAAGAGUGAAUCCACGUGUAUUCCUGGGGAUAUGCACACAUCUCCCACCGCCCAAUCCCAUUGCCAUUCCCGACCCCAGCAGACACCAACUCACAGUCACACUCAUCAUCAUCAUCACUCAAACCAACCAUCCACAAACAACAUCAAACAAACAACAACAACAACAGCAACAUUUGUUGAAUGCAAUUAAUUCAUUCAUAGUAACCCACCAAUGGCCAUGUCUUGCUAUGUUUCUCCUCAUCUUCAAAUUCAACACCUAAGUCAACAUCAUCAUCAACACCGUAUCAAUAAUCUUCUUGUACAACAACAACAUCAACAACACAAAUUUCCCACUUCUCAAAAUCUCAUUUUUCCAACACAAUACAACCACUGUCGUCUUUUUGCUUUUCCUCUACGCCGACCCAAUUUCACUCUCAAUGCUCUUCAUUCCGAUCCACCGAACCCGGAAGAGGUUGGAACAAAUCAAGCUUACCAAGAAUGGGAUUCACUUACAUCAAAAUUCUCUGGAGCAGCCAAUCUUCCUUUCUUGUUACUCCAAAUGCCACAGAUUUUACUUAAUGCUAGAAAUCUUAUCGCAGGAAAUAAUACUGCUCUCUUUGCUAUUCCAUGGCUGGGAAUGCUUACUAGUUUGCUUGGAAACCUGUCACUACUUUCAUACUUUGCCAAGAAGAGAGAAAAGGAAGCAAUGGUAGUGCAGACACUCGGUGUAAUUUCAACAUAUGUGGUCAUUGUUCAGUUGGCAUUAGCGGAGUCCAUGCCUUUGCCUUACUUUUUAGCAACUUCAGCAGUUGUAGUGUCUGGUCUUUUUCUGAAUUUCAUGAAUUACUUUGGUUUACUAAAUGCUGGAAUCUGGCGCUUUUGGGAAGAUUUCAUUACAAUUGGGGGUUUAUCGGUGCUUCCUCAAAUAAUGUGGUCUACAUUUGUUCCCUAUCUGCCUAACAGCAUCUUGCCUGGAGCAAUUUCCUUUGUGAUAGCUGUCUUGGCUGUUACCAUGGCAAGAACCGGAAAACUUUCUGAGAAAGGUGUCAAAUUUGUUGGCGGAAUAUCUGGAUGGACAGCUACAUUACUCUUCAUGUGGAUGCCAGUUUCUCAGAUGUGGACAAAUUUUCUCAAUCCUGAGAACAUGAAAGGCUUGUCUGCUUUUUCUAUGUUGCUUGCCAUGCUUGGAAAUGGACUCAUGCUUCCACGUGCUCUAUUCAUUCGUGAUUUCAUGUGGUUCACCGGUUCAACAUGGGCUACCAUAUUCUAUGGAUAUGGGAAUCUUGCAUGCCUAUUCCUUUUGAACAUUAUCAGCAAGGAGUUCUUCUUGGCAGCAACUGUUGGUUUGGUUUCAUGGAUAGGAACGGCUUUCUGGAGAGACAGUGUAGUGCGUGGUUACAGUUCACCUUUGGCUUCUUUACGUGACUUGAUUUUUGGAUCUUAAAUUUAAAGUUUGUGAUGCUGCAAUAUAAAGUUUAGUCACCUGGUCCUCUAUUGAAGUAGCCAAUGCUUGAUCCAGUGUAUUGCAUCUACAGUAAAUGAGGUAGUUUCAAUUAUCUGUAUAGUACGGUGAAUAAUAAUUAACGCCGGUUUUCUAUCAUCUUUGGAUUGACUCAUUAAGAUAAAGUAUGUUGUAAUUAAUUAGCGUUUUUCAAUGAUCCCAUAUAUGUGAUAUAGGACUAUAUUUGACUUAGAGGAUACGACACAAUUUGUAAUGUUAAAAGUGAAAUUUAUCCCUUUCAAUUGUUCA